AUGGCCGCUCGUAACACGCUUCGCCGCUCCCUGCUCUACGUUCCCGGGUCGUCGCAGCGCUUCUUGGAUAAGUCCCGCAGCCUUGUCGCUGACUGCAUCGCCUACGACCUCGAAGACAGCGUCACUCCUCACAAGAAAGCCGAAGCGCGCACUCUCGUGCGGAGAGCAAUCGACCAGCCCAUCCCCUCCGGCCUUCGCGAGCGCGCCGUGCGCAUCAACUCAGUUGACAGUGGCCUAGCACUAGGUGACCUGACAGAAGUGCUCCAAUCGCCCAAUCUCUCCACAAUCGUCAUCCCGAAAGUCAACUCCGCCUCAGACCUAACCUUCGUCCACGAUGUCUCCGCCCAAUCCCUCACCAACCUCCGCGAGAUCUGCGCCGCAACACCCCUCCUGCAAGGCCUCAUCUUCGCAGCCGAAGACUUCGCGCUAGACCUCAGUCUCACCCGCACUCCCUCCCUGACGGAAUUCCUUUUUGCGCGCUCUGCCAUCGUAACAGCUGCUCGCGCGGCUAACCUCCCCUCCACCAUUGACCUCGUCUGCACAGCGUACAAGUCUGAGAAAGCGGAUGGCUCGCCGCCCGCGGCGCUGGAGGAGGAGUGUCAGUCCGGGCGUCGACUAGGCUUCAAUGGCAAGCAAUGUAUUCACCCGACGCAAGUGAAGACGGUGAAUGCCAUUUUCGGGCCGGAUGCGGAGGAGACGGUGUGGGCGAUGCGGGUUGUUGUUGCGGAUGAGAAGGCUGCGGCUGCGGGGCGGGGGGCGUGGACGCUGGAUGGGAAGAUGAUUGAUGUGCCGGUUGCGCAGAAGGCGAAGGCUAUUGUUGCGAAGGCGGAGGCAUGCGGUGUUGAUGUUGCAGGGUUGAGGGAGGAGUGGAAGCAUCAGGAGCCCGAGUAG